AUGACUGUUAGUAGUCAAGGGUCCAAGUCUAGUGCUGGUGCGCUUUUCCGAAAGAAACUGCAGGGGUUUUUUGGCGAUGAAUAUGUUGGGAAUGGAGAAUCAAGGCACGACUCGGACAACUUCACCCAAAGCUCGGCCACGAAACCUUCGUCUCUCGACCACUUCCGGGCGCGCGAAAGAGCCAACUCCGAUGGCUCACGGAACUCAGGAGCUUCACAGGCUCAAAACCAGGCAAGAUCCCAAACCCCUCUUCCUUCUAGCGACAUCACCCCGUGGCUGUACCAGAGCUAUCACGAUAUACCCCAGUAUGGUGAAGCUCCUGUCCGCGAAGCACCCACAGCAGCGACUGAUAGUCAACGUGGGUCAAUAUCUCAAAAGGACCAAUCCCGACGGCAUUUCAGCGGCCACCGGCAUUCGCGAAGCAAAGAAGAGAAGCCGACAGCUGCUGGUGAUCUAGCAGGUUAUUCUAGUCGUCCAGCGACGGGACGUGACGACCUUUCCCUCGAACUCCGCCCAUCUAGAGAAGGCAGCUUGAACCAUGUGACGCCGAUGACUUCGUCCACAACCCUCGUUGGCCGCUCCACAAGCCCAACCCCUAGCGUUCAAAGCGCCUACUCUAGGGAACAGGGCCAAAAUUCACCCGGGACGCAGACGAGUAAACGUUCCUUUCUCGACAAGAUACGCCGUCCGAAGCACGGCCAUUUGAAAAACAUCACAGGGUCAAAAACAGUGCAGGACACAACCAAAGCUGCCAGUUCGAAACUCUCUCGGCGUGAAGCCUCGCCAGCCAGACGGGGACGACAGGGAAGCAUUGAAAGCGGAACAUCCUCUCGACUGACUGAGACCGGGGACAGUGAGCGGAGAAAGGACAGUAAAGGCCUAGCCAUUAGCUCUACGAAGUUGAGGGGUCGUCGAGGUCAUGGCAACGAGUUCCCUUCUGCCGUGGAGCUCCGAAAGCCGGGCGUACCAAAUAUGUGGGCGCUUGAUACCGACCUCACUCAUAUGGAAGGCAUAGUGAAUCCACCAUCGCCAGGUGCACAAAGCAAGAUGUUCGAUGGGGCUUCGAUACGGUCUGAGGAAACACGACGGCCUGAUACUAUGCCCGCAGGCAAUUGGGACGCCCCGGAGAGCUGGCAUGUAAAGAAGAAUGAGCCUUCCAAUCUACUUCCCCAAGACACCUCGGAACCUGGUCCAACCAUUUCUGAGCCGGGCGGCUCGAAUUGGUACAUACGGGUAUUUCGUCAAGAUGCGACAUUCGCCACACUGUCGGGUGGGCUAUACUCUACAGUUUCCGAGCUGGUUCAGUUGCUCAGUCGAAAGUCCUUUUUUUCGGAUCCUACGGCUAAUUACGAACUGAUCAUGCAAAAGAACGGUCUUUCAAGGCAGGUCGAUCAAACAGAGAUGCCCAUUCUCAUGCAAAAACGAAUUCUCGAACAAGUGGGCUAUACUGAAAAAGACCGUAUCGAAGAAGUCGGCAGGGAAGAUCACAGCUAUAUCUUGCGCUACACGUACCUACCUAUUAGGAUCAGUGGCUCUGUCAUUGAAGGCCAUGAUCCCCCGCUCGGCAAAACUCAACAGAAAUUUAGCCAUGUGGACCUGACGAACCGAAACCUUCUUACGAUUCCAAUCGGUCUCUACAAGAAAGCUGCCGAGAUCAUCUCACUGAAUCUGUCUAAGAACCUUGCAUUGGACGUGCCAAAGGAUUUCAUUCAGGGGUGCAUCAACCUGCGAGAAAUCAAGUUCAUGGGUAAUGAGGCUCUCCGGUUGCCUGCGAGCUUCGGACUUGCGAGCCGAUUGACCUACUUGGACGUGUCGAACAACUGCCUGGAAGACCUGACACAUGCCAACCUUGAUAGAUUGCACGGCCUUGUAAGUAUCAAGUUGGCCAACAAUAAGCUCACAAACCUGCCUAGCUACUUUGGUAACUUCCAAUAUCUGAGAAGCCUGAACAUAUCGUCGAACAGCUUCCAUGUAUUUCCUGAACUCUUAUGCCGCUUGAAGAACUUAGUCGACCUAGACAUCAGUUUCAACAAUAUCUCCGGGCUUCUACACAUUGGAAAGCUGACAACCCUCGAGCGGCUCUGGAUGACGAACAAUAUCGUCAGGGGUGCGCUAGAUGACACAUUCAGGGAUCUGGUCAACCUGAAGGAGAUUGAUGCCAGGUUCAACGAAGUCACCAACAUAGACAUUCUGUGUUUCCUCCCCCGCCUGGAGCUGGUAGAUGUCGGGCACAAUUCAAUUUCGAAGUUCAAGGGUUCAUUCCCAAAGCUUAGAGCUCUAGGCCUUGACCAUUGUCCUAUGACCCAGUUCGAUAUUGACGCACCUGUGCCCACGCUGAGAUCUCUGAAUAUCGCCUCUGCAAAGCUGGUUCAAUUUCGCGACAGCUUGUUCGAUAACUUGCCAAACCUGCAAAGGCUCAUUCUCGACAAGAACCACUUUGUGUCAAUGUCACCUCACAUUGGUAAACUCCGCAAGCUCGAGCACUUUAGCAUGAUCAAGAAUCCUCUUGCAGCUCUUCCUGCGACAAUUGGCUGCUUAACAGAGCUCAAGUAUCUCAACUUAAGGGAAUGCAACCUGAGAAAGCUACCACCAGAGCUUUGGCAUUGCCUGAGGCUGGAGACACUGAAUGUUUCGUCGAAUGUUCUCGAUGUUUUUCCGAAGCAUGGAUGCCCGCAACCCCAGCCUCCCAGCGAAGUGGCUGGUACUCCUGCCGCAACACCUGGCAUAUCAACGACACCGAGCUACGAAGAGCUCGGUGCUCUCGAAGAACAAGAGGCACGCCGUCCAAGCCAAGCCUCGGGCGGAGCCCUCAGCACCGGGAACUCCCCAAACGGUGGCACAUAUCGAAAGCCUUCCGUUGCAUCUUCUCUAGGUCAAGGUAGGAAGGUGUCCGCAGCAUCUCGGUCACUUACGGAUGGAAGUCCGUCAUCUCGUAAAGAUUCGAACUUCUCGCAGCAUGUGGCGACGACAUUUGCCGGUUCGCUCAGGAACCUCUAUCUGGCUGACAAUCGCUUGGAAGACGACAUAUUUCGGGAGUUGUCACUGAUCCCAGAGCUGCGCAUCGUGAAUCUCUCGUACAACGAGUUGACCGAGCUUCCCCAGGGACUUCUCAGGCGCUGGCCUCUGCUGACCGAAUUAUACAUCUCUGGCAACGAGCUGAUCUCUCUUCCUUCCGAUGAUCUCGAAGAAGGUAGCAACCUCAAAGUCCUCCAUAUCAACGCCAAUCGCUUCCAAGUACUCCCUGCAGAGCUCUGUAAAGUUGCGAAACUCGCAUACUUGGAUGCCGGGAGCAAUUCGCUCAAAUAUAAUGUCUCUAACUGGCCCUAUGAUUGGAACUGGAAUUGGAACAGAAAUCUUCGGUAUCUCAACUUCUCGGGCAACAAACGACUUGAAAUCAAGCCUCCUGGCUCAUCCCUAUCGAAUCAUCCUCAGUCGUCUAAGCAACAGCCACCAUAUCUGACAGAUUUUACUUCUCUCACCCACUUGCGAGUUUUGGGAUUGAUGGAUGUCACCCUCACGAUCACGACAAUCCCUGAAGAAAACGAAGAUCGCCGCGUCAGGACGUCUGCUUCACUGGCUGGUGCACUCGCAUAUGGCAUGGCCGACUUCCUCGGUAAAAGCGACCAUCUUUCUAUCUUCGACAUGAUUGUGCCUCGUUUAAAGCCGGACAAGGUGGAAACAGUCGUAGGGAUGUUUGAUGGACAAUCCCAAACUGGUGGAGGUUCACGGAUUGCCAAAUUCCUGCACGAGAAUUUCGUACACACGUUUAAUUCUGAACUGAAGCGAAUCCGUUCCGAGCAACAUGAGACCGCACUGGAUGCGCUGCGGCGGGCGUUCUUGACUCUAAACAAGAACAUGGCUUUUGCAUGUUACAAGUCUCUGGAUCAGGAUGUCCGGCAAUAUCAGGAAGAUUCCACUGACCAGAGAAGAGUCCGGUUGAAUAAGGAUGACAUUAAUCAGGGCGGUGUCGCUACCGUCAUGUACAUCAAUAACAUGGACCUUUAUGUUGCAAACGUCGGCGAUGCCCAAGCGAUCCUCGUCAAAUCCGAUGGUUCCAUGAGGCACCUCACUCAAAAUCAUGAUCCUGCCGAGGCACAUGAACGAGAAAGAAUCCGCGCUGCCGGAGGAUUUGUCUCUCGCACGGGUAAAUUGAACGACGUCCUCACCGUGUCAAGAUCUUUUGGGUAUUUCCACAUGAUGCCAGCAAUUAUUGCGGCCCCUCACACCAUGCAUGUCAAUCUUACGGAGCAGGAUGAGAUGGUCAUCCUAGCCUCUAGAGAGUUGUGGGACUACGUGACGCCGGAUCUGGUUGUCGAUGUGACCAGGGCCGAACGAAGAGACCUCAUGAUUGCAGCCCAGAAGAUUAGAGAUCUGGCUUUAUCUUUUGGUGCAACCAACAAACUGAUGGUGAUGAUCCUUGGUGUGGGCGAUUUGAAGAGGCGGGAGAAGAUCAGGACGCGGCCAAGUCUUUCUAUGGUCGGCCCUCCCGAGGAACAGAUCAUUCCCAGCGUUAAGCGUACAAAGAAGCCGCGUGACGCGCCUGGCGACUCCAGGCUCGCUCGAUUCGAUUACGUGGAUGCUCCUGUUGGUGAACUUGCCAUUAUUUUCACCGAUAUCAAGAAAUCGACAAGUCUUUGGGAGACAUGCCCGGAUGCAAUGCGCUCGGCCAUCCAGAUCCACAAUGACAUCCUCCGUCGACAGCUGGGUAUCAUUGGUGGCUAUGAGGUCAAGACCGAAGGUGACGCUUUCAUGGUCGCAUUUUCCACAACGACCGCUGCUUUGCUGUGGUGCUUCAACUGUCAGACACAACUUCUCGAGGCCGAAUGGCCGACGGAGAUCCUCGAGCAGCCACAGUGCCAGGUUGUGUGUGAUAGUGAGAAUAACGUCAUCUUCAGGGGUCUAUCCGUUCGAAUGGGUUCGCACUGGGGAGAGCCUGUCUGUGAGAAGGAUCCGGUCACCAACCGCAUGGACUAUUUUGGGCCGAUGGUGAACCGAGCGUCGCGAGUCUCUGCAGUUGCUGAUGGUGGUCAAAUUUUCGUUUCGUCGGAUUUCAUGAGUGAUAUUCAACGCAACUUGGAGAUCUUUGCGGACAGUGAACGGGCUGCGUCUACCGGUUCGGAAGAAAGCUAUGCGUUUGAUACUCUUGGGAACAACAUUCGCCGUGAGCUGCAGCAACUCAACAGCCAGGGAUUUGUGAUCAAGGACCAAGGCGAGCGCAAGUUAAAGGGGCUUGAAAACCCGGAGCCGCUGUACCUCAUCUACCCGCAUGCCCUGUCGGGACGUUUGACAACCGUGGAUAAAGAUACGAGCAACGAGCUUGCCCCGACCACCAUCAGCAAACAUUCUCAACUGGAGAUCCAAACAGAUCUAAUUUGGCGCUUAUGGGAGAUUACUCUCCGGCUGGAGAGACUCUGUGCCGCAUUAGAGUACCCGGGCGAAGCUCUACUCAAAGAACCAAAUGUGGCUCUUUUCAAUGUGGUCAAGAAUCAUGGCGGUGAGCUUGCCGACUCGACUGUGAUCAGCCUAGUCGAACAGCAGGUGACUCGCAUCGAGGUCUGCAUUACUACUCUUUCCGUUCGCAACAUGAUUCGGCCCUUCCGGCCAGGCGAUCGACUCAAUGACCACGCCAUGCCAAUUGCAGACGUGAUGCAGCAACUGCAAUCCCAGCUCACAGAAUACCGAGCUCUGAAGGAGCAAAUUGACGCCAGUGCUGGCACUGCCACUAGCUAUACACACGAUCCACAGUAUAGCAACGGUGAGAGCAACUCCGACUCUGCAUCGUCGUCCUAUCUACAGAUGGGACCGCCGUCUGACGAGUUUAACCCUGGUGGACCUCGUCGCUGA